AUGGGAUGUUUUUAUUCUAAAAAUUUACGCGAAAAAGUCAAAUCUACUGAUUGUCAAAACAAAAAGAUUGACUUUCGAUUUGAUGAUGGUAGAAGAUUUCAUAGUGUAGAUGAUGCUAUUUAUUAUCUACCAAAUGAUGAAGAUGAGCAAGAUAGAUUACACUUACAACAUUUUUUAAUAAGAUAUAUCUUUCAAAGCAAUUUUUCCGCCCCUAUCAACCAUCUUUUAGAUAAACCAGGAACCAAAAUCCUCGAUAUUGG